AUGCAGGUGCCACUCUUCAAGCUGCAGUGCGGUGUCAAUAGUUACGAUUGGGGGAAACUUGGAUCCGAAUCUGCGGCGGCGAAGUACGCUGCGGCCACUCCCCCCGCCGGUUUCUCUGUCCAGAAUGACAAGCCCUAUGCAGAGUUGUGGAUGGGCACUCAUCCUUCCCUCCCUUCUAAAGACAUCGAGACCGAUCGAACCCUCUCCGACCUUGUCCAGGCAAACCAAGCCUUGCUAGGCCCUGAGAUCUAUGAGAAAUACAAUGGAAAGCUCCCGUUUUUAUUUAAGGUUCUCUCCAUUGGGAAAGCUCUUAGUAUCCAAGCGCACCCUAAUAAGAGGCUUGCCGAAAUACUCCAUCAGAGAGACCCCAAAAACUAUCCAGAUGACAACCAUAAACCCGAAAUGACUAUUGCCAUCACCCCUUUCGAGGGGCUGUGCGGUUUCCGUCCCUUGGCUGAAAUUGUGCAUUUUCUCCAAACCAUUGAGCCCCUGCGCCAAUUGGUGGGUGAGAAAGCUGCUGAAGAUUUUGCAAAAGUUAUUAAUACCGGAGAUUCUGCUGCGAAUGAAAAAAAUAGGGCCGCAUUGCGUGUCCUUUUCACGACACUAAUGCAGUCAUCUCCAGAAUCCAUCAAACAUGCCAGUGAAAAGCUUGUCAAAAUCGCAAAGGAUUCACCUGACACCUUUGCUGUUUCUGAACGUUCACCAGCCACAAACCCCAGCAAUCCCCCUGAGCUGGCAGCGCUUGUUGUUCGACUCAAUGGGCAAUUUCCCAAUGACAUUGGGCUCUUUGUUCUUUUCUUUCUCAAUUUCAUCAAGCUGAACCCUGGUGAAGCCAUGUUUCUGAAGGCCGAUGAUAUUCACGCAUAUAUCAGUGGCGAUAUUAUUGAAUGCAUGGCAUCUUCUGACAAUGUUGUGCGAGCAGGCUUCACCCCAAAAUUUAAAGAUGUAUCCACUCUCACCAGCAUGCUCACGUAUUCGUAUGCGCCAAUCGAGGAACAAAAAAUGCACCCCACCGAUUACCCAUAUGUGACGCUAAAUACCACCUCAUACACUAGUAGCUCUUCGUCUCUGCUCUAUGAUCCCCCAAUCGAGGAGUUCAGUGUGGUGAAGACGGAUUUAAACCGCGCGGGCGCAAAGGCUACCUUUGAGCCUAUUAGCGGGCCAAGCAUUAUCAUUUGCACCAGUGGCAGUGGCCGCAUUAGCAUCGGAGAUUCCAAAAGCGAAGAAGUCAAGGCUGGGCACGUCUUUUUUGUUGGGGCCACUGCGGAAUGUGUCCUAGAAAAUACCGGGGUUGCAGGAGACGAUGCCCCUUUUACGACCUUUAAAGCUUUUUGCGAAAUUCAUUUGGAAGAAGGGAACAAGACGGCUGCUUAG